UGUCCAUCAGUAAUAAUGUUUAUGAAUGCUGGAGGCACGGCGUCACGCCGGAGAAAACGGCCCGUUUAACCACUGCCAGUGUUGCGGCUCAAGCGCUCAAGCGCUCAUGGCUUACUCUCAAACACCUUCGACGAUCAGACAUGUUCAACUCAAAGUCUGUCGAAGCUCUCAAGAAAAUGCUGAAACUCAACCCCAAUACCGGAAUCCUUCUUCUCGUCUCCUGCUUGUUUCUGAGAUGCAUGGAAAUAGCUACUUCCAGCUCUUCAUCACCUGUCCUUGCUGGACCACCCAACAAAGACUGUCUGAAGACCGUCCGGCGCGAUGGCACGCCAGCUGGCAAGGUCAUCUUCAUCGGCGGAAUGAACACCUACGUCUCAUGCCCUCACAAACACGCUAAAGGAGCGAAGAAAAUCCUUUUGUUCUUCCCGGACGUGUAUGGCCCAUUCGACCCCAACGCAAAACUAGUGCAGGACCAGUAUGCUGCGAACGGAUUCACAGUUCUAGGUCCAGACUAUUUCUUUGGCGACUACAUCUCUCUACAUCUGAACCACACGAACUUCCAGACCGUACCGUGGAUCCAUAACAAGACCGUUAUAGCAAGAGAGGCGAUGCCAGAGUGGCUUGGGGCUGUUAAACAGAAAUAUGGGCCGAAUGGCCAAGAGUACAAGUACACCGUCGUCGGCUAUUGCUUUGGUGCACCAAACGCCUUGGACGUUGCUGCGACAAAUGACGUAGUGGCUGGGUCCUUUGCCCAUCCAUCAUCCUUUGUAACCGAAGCACAAUUCCGGAAUCUCAAGCGUCAGGCCUCUACUGAUAAUCCUCGCCGGUUUGUCCAACAAAUUUUCAACAUCGAGAAUAUCAAGCUCACCUCCAAUCUUGUAACAGAAAGCGACACCGUGUUCCCAAAAAACGCUAGUCGUCGCACUGAAGACAUUCUUGUCGAGGAUCACGCAAAUUAUUACAUCCAGACCUUCAGUGGUACCACCCACGGGUUUGUGACUCGCGGCGACCGAAAUAAUGCCACCAUUCGAUGGAGCCAGGACACCGCGAUUCAGAGUGUCGUCAAUUGGGCAGAUAGGUUCAAUGAUUGAC